UCUUAAGCUAUAGCUGCUAUUGGCCUGACCGCUUCUAUACUAGCAAUUAGGGGAAUACAUCACAACUGCUGUUUGGCUUUUAGCCAUAUAUAUUCAGCUGUGUAUAUUUGGGAAAGAGAAACAACCACCUAUGUCAUAGUGCAAUGUCCUUCUAAAACCUGUGAGCUGGAGUUUAUGAAGAUACAACUGGUUAGCAUAAAGUUUAUGAGGAUACAAAAAAAGAUUAGAUAUUUUCUUUCCUGUGAUUAUGUUAAAGAGCACAAAAUAUAGGGGUCAUAAACCUUCAUGUUUCAGGCCAUAGCAAAAAUAAUAUCAAGCUUCUAUCUUAUGUUUUUGUCCAUAGACUUCAAAGCACAAAGGAGGUAGGCAUCAUUAUCUCCAUUUUAAUAAUAUAUGUAUAUAGCAGGCCAGUAACAGAACUUAGUGUUUCUUUUCCCAGUUAAUACGCCACCUUCUCUCUGCCAUUUAUUCACUGGUCAAAUAUUGUUAGAGACUUCAGUUGAAAUAAGGGCCCCAUUAUGUUAGCCAUUUUAGGAACACAAAGUAAAAAAUUAGCCUUGGUCAAAGAAACUGUAACCCAAAUAGAUGAGACUGGCAAAAAAGAAGAGAGAUGUACUUGGAGAAACAGAGAUGAUGUUUGCAAAAGGACACAUUGUUGCCAUUAUUUUGGAAAACUGAGGCACAAAUACAUAAAAUGAUGUUUAAAUGGGAAAUCUGUAGUAGAGCUGGGAAUGGAGCUGAGUGUCCCUGUUCUCUACUGUCAUUGUCUUCCAGGGAUGAGUUCAGGCAAGUCGUGUCACUACCCUGUGCCUCAGUUUCCUCAAUAUGUACAAUAGAGAUAAUGAUACCUCCCUUCUGAAGCACUUUGAGAUCUGCUGAUAAGAGUGAGGUUUCUUUGUUAUUUGUUAAAUUAUUGUCAUCUCUAACAUUUACCAGUCAUCUUAAAGAGUUACUGCGGCUUGUCCUUGAGCUAAUCAACUCAUCUCAGGUACCAUUUCAGUACUGUUCAGGCAUGUAUUAGUUUACUUUUGUGUUACAGGACAUGGUUGCUCCAUGCCUCUCUUUACCUUUCUACAGACCCUAAGAACAGCCUGGAUACAAAGGGGGUGGCAUGGGUGAAUGGCAAACUGCUGCUAAAACAGGGAGGAGCAGAUGCUGGUGUACAAAUUCUAGGAAUCCACCAUAAAGUUAUUGAGAGGCUGUUCUCCCACGCAGUAGCCCCACCCCAAACUAUUGCAUCGCUGUUCCCACCCCCUGACCUGCCCCUUAAGCCCCAGUGGUGUGUAGCAAGCAAGAUCAGAUUCCAGUGGCCCAUAAAGCUGGCUGUCUCAGUCUUACCCUGCUCACAGGGAUAGAGUCCCUUCAGGCACAGGCUGUACAAACCAGCAGGGAGCACACAUUAGUAUAGACACUAUGAGACUGAUGUUGUACAACUGGGCUACUGUGCCUCUCCUGUCCUUACUCUUUUCCUCUUGCACAGGAUAUCCGCCUACCCAAGAUAAUUGCUGCAUCUUAGAUGAACGAUUUGGUAGCUAUUGCCCAACCACAUGUGGCAUUGCAGACUUCUUGAGUGAGUAUCACAUUUCUGUGGAUCGGGAUCUUCAAAUCAUUGAAAAACUCUUGCAGCAAAUUGAUAACAGCACUGCAGUAACAGAACAGGUGAUCCACCAUAUCCGCAACAUCUACCCAGAAGAAAAACAGGUUCAUCCAAAUUUGGUUGAUGAUUUAAUUCAAAAAUCCAGGAAAAUAAUUGAAGAAUUUAUAAGAUAUGAAGCAACUAUUAUAAAUAAUGAAGAAGUUAUACAGCAGUUGACAGAUAUGUAUAUUUUAAAUAAUAAUAAGAUCACACAACUGAAACAAAAGAUUGUACAGCUUGAAGUGAAAUGUCAGGAACCAUGCAAAGACACUGUCCAAAUACUGGAUGCAACUGGAAAAGAUUGCCAAGACAUUGCAAACAAAGGUGUCAGAAAAAGUGGUCUUUACUUCAUCAAACCUCUAAAAGCUAAAGAGCAGUUCCUUGUCUAUUGUGAGAUUGACACACUUGGCAAUGGAUGGACAGUGUUCCAGAGAAGACUUGAUGGGAGUGAGGACUUCAACAAAAAUUGGGUUCAGUACAAAGAAGGAUUUGGACACUUGUCACCAGAUGACCAAACAGAGUUCUGGCUUGGCAAUGAAAAGAUUCAUUUAAUAACCACUCAGUCUCCUAUUCCAUAUGCCUUAAGAAUAGAACUGGAGGACUGGGAUGGCAAAAAAAGGACUGCUGACUAUGCCAUGUUCAAAGUGGGACCUGAAAAUGACAAGUUCCGAAUGACCUAUGGCUACUAUAUUGGUGGUGAUGCUGGGGAUGCCUUUGAUGGGGUUGAGUUUGGGAUUCAACCAGGUGACAAGGCUUUUACAUCCCAUAAUGCCAUGCAGUUCAGUACAUCUGACAAUGACAAUGAUAGGUAUGAAGAAAAUUGUGCUGAACAGCAUGGAUCUGGAUGGUGGAUGAAUAGAUGUCAUGCUGGACACCUCAAUGGCAAAUAUUAUCCAGGUGGCAGGUACUCAGAGAAAGAUUCUGGAACUGAUAAUGGUAUUAUCUGGGCAACCUGGCAUGAUCAGUGGUAUUCCCUAAAGAAAACUUCCAUGAAAAUCAUUCCAUUCACCAGACUUGCAAUAGGAGAAGGACAGCAGCAGGCAGGCGGUGUCAAACAGGUUGGAGAUGUUUAAAGGGACAUUUUAACAAAGAUUUAUUGGGACAGAAAAACAAAAUCUUCUAUACGUGGGACACUGACCUCACAUAGCUUUCUUCAGUUCAGCUUUGCCUGUAGAUUAUGCCCAAUAGUAAAAACAAAAUUGUGAAAUCCCCGAGCCUUUCUCCAUGAGCAGGUUAUUGGGUAUAUUCUUUGUGUGGUUACUUUUCUGUAUGUAUUCUCAAUAAAUUUUUGAUUCCAGUAAGCAAACAAAUUUGCCAUUAAUGUUCUAGUAAUAGACAAAGUAAACAUUACAAAGGUUGAAAAGUUAA